UGAGUGCACUCACUGAGAUUGGGUGCAGACGGUGCAGCACAAUAGCAGAUGAACCUGGAUGAACCCUUUUUUCAACCAAGGGAUUCGAGAAUUUUAUUAUUUUAUUAAAGAAAGGAAAAAGAGAAGAAAGAUUUCAACGGUAGGAUAUACGCGGUGUCUGGGGACGGAGAAUGGUGCUACGAUUUUGUCCAUAUUGCGCUAAUCUUCUCAGAUUCCGAGAAGAUACGUUUACUCGAAAUCGACUUGCAUGUCCCACGUGUCCAUACAUCUAUCAAAUACGUAAAGAGGGUCUGAGGUCACGCACUUACUUCGUAGGCAAGAAGCUCAGUGACAUUCUCGAUUCCAAGUCUGCAUUGUUGGGCCAGCAGGCGACAGAGGAACGUUGUCCUAAGUGCUCGCAUCCACGUGCUUUCUUUGAACAAAGACAGACACGGUCCGCUGACGAGCCUAUGUCACUUUUUUACACAUGCUGCUCAUGCAGUUACAAGUGGCGAGUCGACUAAGCUUGCAGGUUUGGAGUUCUGCAAGUAUUCGAUGUAUUAUGAGUCCAAGUUCAAUGGGUCCCAUGAAAGUUAUAAUGAAUAAGGCGAAAGAAGAAAUGAAGAUGCUUCAAUCAGAUGAGAAACACUUCUUCUGUGGCGGCGAUCGAAGCAUCGCGAUGGCGGCAGAGAUGCUGCGGCAGGGCAAGGUGAUCGCGUUGCCGACGGACACGGUGUACGGUUUGGCUUGUUUGGCUACAGACACAUGUGCCAUUCAGCGGCUGUACGAGAUCAAGCGACGAGACGAGGGAAAACCGCUGGCAAUCUGUUUGAGCAAUGUCAAGGAGGUAGGUACGUGGGGUAUCUUGGAUGACAUACCAGCCAAUAUGCUGGAACAGCUACUUCCUGGACCUUAUACGAUAUGCUUGCGACGCACGCCUGCCCUGAACCGGGCUUUAAACCCGGGCGUUGACACCGUGGGCAUCCGCGUGCCCGAUAACAAGUUCAUACGCAGCGUUGCCCAGAUAGCUGGUCCACUCGCACUCACUAGUGCUAACGUCAGCAGCGAGCCGAGCAGUCUGAAUCCAUAUGAGUUUCGCGCGUUAUGGUCGGAAGUCGACGGCAUUUUCCAUGACUCUAAUAACUGUAGAAAGCAGAUUGACCAGCGCCGAGUCGGUUCCACUGUGGUGGACAUAUCGAAACCGGGUUGUUUUACGGUUGUGCGCCACGGUAUCAAUGCGAAUUUGAUCAUUGGGAAAUUACGCAAAUACAAACUGAAAAACAUCACGGUGGAGUAACGUUAUAUGUGAUAUGAACUCCGGUAGUGAAUAUAUAAAUUGUAUAUUAUUUAAUAAUGUUGAUGAUUUAUACAGUUAUGAAAGUGUAAAUAUAACAGAUAAAGGAUAU